UGGGGCCCCCGGGCAAUAGGGGAUCAUGGGGCCCCUGUGUCCUUACCCAAACUCAAAAAAACCUAUGAAAAAGGUACCAGGGGCAUCUCAUGGGGCCCCCUACUGACCCUGGGCCCUCGGGCAGUGCCCAAGUUUCCAAAUGGUCAGUCUGCCCCUGGUGAUGAUCUGUUUUCAUGUAAAAUGCCUGCAUCCUAAGUAAUGUGUGAAUACAAGAUUUCCAGUACUUCACACUAUAGGUCUGACUCAGCAGGACCUCAGCAGGAUUCCAUACUGAGAACAAGGGUCCUCAUCUACAGCAUGCUGACAGCCACAGCCUGAGUAGAAAAGCAUGUCUACUGUCAGCAUGAUGCAGAGAAGGACCCU